ACGAUUUCACUACGAUUAUCACGAGAGGGAGACUGAGACAGAGACAGAGACAGAGACAGAGACAGAGACAGAGACAGAGAGAGACAGAGAGAGAGAGAGAGAGAGAGAGAGAGAGAGAGAGAGAGAGAGAGAGAGAGAGAGAGAGACUGAGACUGAGACACAGACAGAGACAGAGACAGAGAGAGAGAGCGAGAGAGAGAGGUAAGACGCUACGAUCUGGAGCAGCACUUCGACCGCCUCAUUCACAUCUGGUCUUUUAUCACAACAGGAUGCUGAGCCACUGAGCUGCGUCCCCAAUCACCUGGCCGUAUUUGUUCUGAUCGGCUGCCUUGGGAUUUGGGAGAGCGUGACCUUUAGAGAAUCGCCGAGCACAUGGAAGGAGGUCGUUUUUAUUCUUCCUUCUGAUUUUUCUGAGGAACCGUUUCGACCUAAAGUCUGCUGUGAGUUCUUCACUGCACUCCACGGGCACACACGACUUCUUUACAUUUACAACCAAGCUCACCUCUCCAACCGCCCAGCAGCCCGCCAUGUACAGCAGCAGCUACACCCACGUGCCCCGCUACAGUCUGGAGGCCCAGAAGAAGAAGCAAAUGCAGCGGUCCAAGGGCAAGAGCUGUGGCUACUACAUGCGCAUCAUCUUCUUCUUCAGCUCCCUCAUCCAGUCGCUCAUCAUCGUCAGCCUGGUGCUCUUCCUCGUCUACGGCAAGAAGACGGACUCGCCGGACUCAGGCCGCAUCGCCGACCUGGAGCAGCGCUUCAGUCGGCUCACCCUGGACAACCUAGCCCUCAAGGAGCAGAGGAAGAACCUCACCAAGGCCCUGAACGUGAGCGCCGUGGAGAGGCUGCAGAUGGACCUGGAACUGGGGAGGCUGCGCAACCUCACCAACCUCUCCUACAAUUACCUGAGCGACAUGCAAGGCAGGCUGAUUCAAUGCGAUGCUGACAAAAACAAACACGUGAGGACUAACUGUCCACAACCCAUCGGGACAAUUACCGACAGGCAAGGAGACUGCAGGACCAAGCUUCUUCUCCAGGAGGCCAGGGAGCGUGAACUACAGUCUAAAAUGAACCAGACCGUGCUGGAGUGCUCAAUCAAGAAAGAACAGCUCAACAAGGAGCGGGACGACCUCUCCUUGGAAGCCAUCGACCUGCGGAACGACCAGCAGAUGCUGCAGUCGGAGAUCACCAACUACAAGCUGCAGUGCAAGCAGGACUUUGUGGCCUCCUUGAGCGGCAUCUCCAACGUGUCCCGGGCCUUCCUGGAGAAGAUCGACUCCCUGUUCCCCGGCCACAUCGCCUUCCAGCUCACCUGCGAGAAGCAGCGGGAGAACCUGGAGCAGAUCCGCAGCAACUGCACCAGCCUGUCCCGCGCGGUGGAGGACAAGUUCCAGGGCUACCUGAACACCCUGGGCACUAAGGUCACCAACAACCUGGGUCAGAUCACCCACCUGCAGGCAGACAACCAGCGGCUGGACAAGGCCAGCAGCCUCUGCAGUGAGAACCGCAUGUGGCUGGUCCAGGAGCACCGGAAGGACCGGCAGAAAGACAAGCUCAAGUGCGACAGUGAAAUUAAGAAGCUGCUGAACGAAAAGAAGGUGCUGACCGGCGCAAAGGGGCUGCUGGAGGUCAAGACGAGCGUCAAGGAGUCGGAGAUCCGCCACCUCAAGGAGCAGAACAGGCUCCUUAAUGCCUCCUGCUCGCAAGUGAAUCAAUAUGGAAGAUCAACUAUCGGGGGAUCUAGCUCUUUUGCUGGGAAUCCCUUCAGAAUCCCUUCUUUUGGGUCAAGUGUCGGUGCUGGCUCUACUUGGUAUAAUAAUCCAGCUACCAGUGGAGUAAAUGUUGGUACAGGACAGGGCAGUACCAAUCUGGGCAAUUCCAAACCCGGCAGUUCAAGUCUAGGCAGCUCAUUGCCAUUCAGCAACGGGGUCGGCAACACCAGGUUUGGGGGAACAGCCUCACAGGGGAGUAGCUUGCCCCUCCCUGGGACUGGCCCAGGCAGCAGCGCCACCGUGGUAGGCAAGCCGCCAACAGGCUCCGCCACGAGCGGGGUGCAAGGGGCGAGUGGCACUGGUGGGCUGGGAACCGGGCAGGGGAGCACAGGGUUAGGGAGCAGAGGGUUUGGGACGGGGCAGCGGACGGGGUUAGGAAACACAGGGUUAGGGACGGGGCCGGGGACGUGGCAGCGGACGGGGUUAGGGAACACAGGGUUAGGGACAAGCGCCGUGGGACGAGGAACUGGCACUACGGGAAGCUUUGGGGGUCUUGGUGGAGGACGGACUGCUGGAUCUGGAUCACUGAUUUCAAAACACCUCGCGGAUCUGCAGCUCUACGGCAAGCCUUCAAGCACGGAGAAGAAGAGCGAAUCACCCAAGACCUCUGGCUAAUGUGCCUUCCCCAGGACAGGUUGGAGAGAUGAGAAGAUACAAAUCCCAUCUCCUCUGUCCUCCAGCCUGAGCCAAGCUCCUCACACUGAGAACACGCACACGCACACACACACACACACACACACAC